CAGAGCUCUUUUAACCUGCAGCAGCAGAGCAUCAGCGUCUGAAGCGACAGAGGGGAAAGAGGCAGAAGAACAAAGAAGAAGAAGAAACUCUCAGAAACCUUUUAUUUUCUCACCGGAAACACGGAGACUGAAACACGAUGCAGAAAUCCAGAAGUCAGUACGACUCCUUCCUGUUCUGGAGGCAGCCAAUCGCAGCCCUCGACCUGUCGGAGCUGGAGGACAUCGGCUUGACUGGCGCUCUGCCGGCCAAUAGCAUCAAAGGAAAGGACAAGUUGUCCACGCUGAGGACUAAGAAUGAGGAGGGUGAGAUGACUGAGUUUUCGUCCUUUAAUUAUUGGAGAGCUCCGAUCGCCGACGUGGACGCUCUGCUGGCCGACCUCAAGCUGCUGCUCUGAAACACAUCACCUGACCUCUGACUCCUGACCCCAGAUCAGCCCGAUGUGACUGUUUCAGGAAGUCACCAAAAUAAGAGCGUGGUUUUCACAUUAAAAGCGUGCGGACAGAGGGCUGCAGAGACUGAUCCUGGUUCAGAUUAAACUCCCACAGCUUCGUGUCUGAUUCUGAAUCUUCUGUCUGAACUUUAUUAUUAUUAUUAUUAUUAUUAUUAUUAUUAUUAUUAUACAUCAACAGUGUGUUUAUAACCAGGAGUCUGUAUCCCAACGUGAGUCCAGCUUCAUCCGUCUCUCUUCCGGUCUUAAUUAUAACUAUAAUAACUAUUAUAAGUCAUGAAGCUGGUUAUCAAUAAGAGAACACAUGCUUGAUGAAACAUAAACCCAUUGGAUUAGAAUAAAACAGUUUGAAACCUGGUUUAAUUAGUUUUAAAGCUGUAAACAUACAAACACACAGAGGACAGUUUAUUUAUUGUUAUUAAUAAUAAUAAUGAACAGUUUUAUAAAUGUUUCAUCUUUGAAAUAAGUCAAAGUGAGAGACAUGACGUUUUAUGAUUAAUUAAUUAUUUAUUAACAUAUUAUAAUUUAAAUGUAACCAGCGUCCCUGAACUCACCGUGUGAUACAGAUCCAGGUCACCUGAUCUCAGACCUGCACCCAGACCUUCGAGGUGGACAAAAUACCAGAAACACUGUUGAUCUCUGAUUCUCACCGAUUGAACAAAUGUUUUUCUGUCAUAUUAAUUUAUUAAUUAAUUUAUAGGAGGUGAUGUGUUCAAAGCCUCUGAGACUACAGUUUUUAUCUGUUUCCAUUCGUGCCUUUUUGUUUUUUUUUCUGACUCUGAGCUAUGACGUCAUAUCAUUGAAUCAUUUAUUCAUGUAUUUCUGACCCUGAGCUAUGACGUCAUAUCAUUGAAUCAUUUAUUUAUGUAUUUCUCGUGUUUUUCUCAGCGGACAUCACGGAUCCACCAGAAGAAAAAACAGCUGAUCUUAUCAGAAUGUAAACGCUGCCAACAAUAAAAGAUUAUGUCCACUCUUUA